UGAUGCGGUUGGAUGCGUUCACUUCUCGCGAGAAUGGACGAGAGACACGAAAUGGCGCCGACUGUGUCGAUGUGAAGCGAAAUUUCGGCGUUUCCGUGAAAACUUUACAAACUUCUGCCCUCAAACAGCGUCCAGAGACCUCAGCACCGUCUCUCUGAGAGACAGACGGCCCCUGCCGACCGGCCUUCUAGCUGGACCUCACCAGAAAGUCAAACAUGGCGUCAAAGUUCAAGAAAGUUUCGGAGAAAGAGUACAAGCCAGGUGAUCUGAUAUUUGCGAAAGUGAAGGGAUAUCCCCACUGGCCUGCACGGAUUGAUGAGUUACCCGAAGGAGCCGUCAAACCCCCAGGGCAAAAAUAUCCCAUCUUCUUCUUUGGGACCUAUGAAACGGCUGUGCUGGGACCAAAGGACAUCUUUCCGUACCACGAGUUCAAGGAAAGGUUCGGAAAGCAGCAUAAGCGGAAAUUCUUCAACGAGGCAUUGUGGGAAGCUGAGAACAACCCGACAGUCAAAUUCGCCGGAAACGAGGAACCAUCUGGCUCUGAGGAAGAAGAAGAAGAGGAGGAGGAAGAGGAGGAUGCUGGGAGUAAAGAUGAUGACAAUGAUGAAGAUGAUGAUGAGAAACUUGUGAUUGACGAGCAUCCUGCAGCCCGUCCCAAAAAGAAGGCUGAAAAGAAGAAACCAGCAGCGGCCAAGAAGAGGAAAGGAGCUGCUGACACCGAGAAGAAGGCCCCAGCAAAGCGGAGGAAGAAGAGUGAGCCAGAGAGCGACCAAUCAGAGCCUGAGGAGCCUGCAGAGAGUGAAGAAGAGGAGGAGGAGGUGGAUUACGAUGAGGAGAGUGCUCCGGAUGAGGAUGCUUCUGAUGAUGAGGACUUUGUUCCUGACAAGAAAUCAGCCAAGAAACAGCAGCGAGGACGGAAGAAAGUGAAAGUGAGUUCGGGGUCAGAAGACGAAGAUGAAGAAGAAGACGACUCGGAGGAGAGUAAGGGUAGCUCAGAUGAGGAGGAGGAGGAGGAGAAACCAAAACCCAAGAAGAGAAAAACACCUGAGAAAAAAAGCACGUAAACCAGCCGCCAGCCGACCUCCAGCCAAACCUCGGGCAAGAGCCAAGAAACCCGACCCGGCUACGCCCCCUUCCAUCUCCUCAGACAGCAGUGCAACAG